AUGACGUCGCUCAGUCAAGACAAAUGGAUCGGAUUGAUGCUAGCGUUGAGCUCCAGUGCCGCAAUUGGCACGAGCUUCAUUAUUACCAAAAAGGGCCUUAUGAGCGCUGCUGAACAUAGUGAUGGCCUUGCAUCCGAUCGACUGAGCUACCUGAGCAACCCAAUUUGGUGGGCUGGUAUGGCUACGAUGGUCGUGGGCGAAGUGGCGAACUUUAUUGCAUAUACGUUCGCACCACCAAUUCUGGUCACACCGCUAGGCGCCCUUAGUGUGUUGGUGGGUGCGAUCCUUGCCUCGUUCAUUCUCCAUGAGCGUCUUGGGCAGCUGGGCAUUAUUGGCUGUGCGCUCUGCCUCAUUGGUACAGUGGUCAUUGUUGUGAACGCGCCUGAAGACAAGGAGAUUCAAACGGUGGAUGAGAUCCUGUCAUAUGCAAUGCAAACACCGUUCUUGCUGUACUGUGCCUUUGUCGCCAUUUUCUCUGUAUUUAUGAUUGUCCGCGUGGUACCUCGCUAUGGCCGCAAGACCCCCAUUGUAUACCUCUCAAUCUGCUCGCUUGUAGGCUCCAUCUCCGUGAUGAGUGUUAAAGCGUUUGGAGUGGCCUUGCGUCUCACCUUCAGCGGUAACAACCAGCUCACGCAUCUGUCUACCUAUGCAUUUGGGUUGAUGGUUGUUUUUUGCAUUAUGAUUCAGAUGAAUUAUUUCAACCGUGCUUUGGACCAGUUCUCUACCAACGUGGUCAAUCCCAUCUACUAUGUUCUAUUCACAACUUCGACCAUCUUUGCCUCUGUGCUUCUCUUCCAGGGUUUCAACACAAGUGGGGCCGAAGCUGUGUCUCUGCUUGGCGGUUUCUUUGUUACUUUCAUCGGUGUCUACUUGUUGAAUAUCAACCGAAGUACGAAUGAGGAGGAGCUACCAAGCGCACACCAUGAUGCGACGCGUGGUUCUUAUGACCGAGUCCCUCGACCCUUGGAGCUUCGCGCGUCGCGAUCUGACUAUGAAAGGGAGUCACAGCCGUUUGUUCUUGACCAGGAUGAUGAGCCAGACACGGUCGAACCCGCAUACCCUAUGACGCAAUUCCACGACCGAUCGCCUGCUUCGCCUUGA